AUGUUCCGAAUCGGCAACAUCUACGUGAUCGCCGCCGUCGCCGUCGUCGGUGGCGGCCUGUUCGGCUUCGACAUCUCCUCCAUGAGCGCCAUCAUCGGCACCCAGGCCUACCUCUGCUACUUCAACCAGGGCCCCGACGGUCCCCCCUUCAACCAUGCCGCCCAAUGCUCCGGUCCCCGCGCCUCCGUCCAGGGCGGCAUCACCGCCGCCAUGCCCGCCGGCUCCUGGCUCGGCGCCCUGAUCUCCGGCUACCUCUCGGAUAUCUUUGGCCGCAAGAAGUCCAUCAUGAUCGGAUGCAUCAUCUGGGUCAUCGGGAGCACCAUCAUCUGCGCCUCGCAGAAUAUCGGCAUGCUCGUCGCCGGGCGUGUCAUCAACGGCCUCUGCGUCGGCAUCGAGUCGGCUCAGGUCCCCGUCUACGUCUCCGAGAUCGCCCCUCCCUCCAAGCGUGGACGACUCGUCGCCUUCCAGCAGUGGGCCAUCACGUGGGGCAUCCUCAUCCUCUACUACAUCUCAUACGGCGCCUCCUUCAUCGGUGGUCAGUCCGCCUCCACCUACACCACCGCACAGUUCCGUCUGCCGUGGGGUCUCCAGAUGCUCCCGGCGGUCCUGCUCUUCGUCGCCAUGAUCUUCCUGCCAGAAUCCCCCAGAUGGCUCGCACGCAAGGACCGCUGGGAGGAAUGCCACGACGUCCUCUCUCUGGUCCACGGAAAGGGCAACCCCAACAGCCCACUCGUCACCCAGGAACUCGCCGACAUCCGCGACAUGUGCGAGUUCGAAGCCCGCCACUCGGAUGUUACAUACUGGGAGCUGCUCACGCCCAAGUACCUCAAUCGCACUCACGUCGGUAUCUUCACCCAGGUCUGGUCUCAGCUUACCGGCAUGAACGUCAUGAUGUACUACGUAAGACAAUCCCCUCAUCAUCAUCCUCAUGACUUGAUCUUGUUCCUCGCUGACUUGACAAAAGAUCACCUACGUCUUCGCCAUGACUGGCUACACCGGAAACGCCAACCUGCUUGCGUCUUCGAUUCAGUACAUCAUCAACGUCCUCAUGACUGUUCCAGCUCGUAAGUUCGCGGAAGAAGUCUCCCUCUUCGUGUCACAUCUGCUGACCUCUCCCAGUAAUCUGGCUUGAUCGUUGGGGACGUCGACCGACACUCAUUGUCGGCGCCACUCUCAUGAUGAUCUGGAUGUACGGCAAUGCAGGCCUCUUUGCCACCUAUGGCGUCCCUCAACCGGGCGGUCUCAACAACGUCGCGGCCGAAUCGAUGCUCAUCAAGGGCGCACCGGGCAAGGCCGUCAUUGCCUUCACCUACCUCUUUGUCGCCUCCUACGCGCCCACCUGGGGCCCUGUCAGUUGGGUGUAUCCCCCCGAGCUUUACCCUCUCCGUGUGAGGGGCAAGGCGGUUGCGCUCGCAACCUCGGCCAACUGGGCGUUCAACACUGCAUUGGGUGCGUUUGUCCCGCCGGCCUUUGCAAACAUCUCGUGGAAAGUGUACAUCAUCUUCGGCACCUUCUGUGCGGCCAUGUUGAUUCACGUCAUCUUCCUCUUCCCGGAGACUGCCGGCAAGACGUUGGAAGAAGUCGAGCUCAUGUUCGAGGAUCCAAACGGUAUUCCACACAUCGGCACUCCUGCUUGGAAGACCAAGGUCGAGUAUGGACAUGCCCUGGCGUUUGAGAAGGGGGAUGUCGCAGCGCACAAGAAGCUGCAAGGAGACGAGAGUGAUGAAAUCGAGAGGAAAGAGAGUAUUGAGCCCAAGGCGCACCCAGACGUUUGA